AUUUUAACAUGAAUUUGAUUCCCAUUCCAUUUUCUUCUUUGGAAUUCCUUGAUUUUUAACAUUUGGUAUCAGAGUCUAUUCCCGGCAAAUUCCAUGGCUUCCGAAAAUUAUUUCCAACCCUCAAUCCCUCGUUUUGAUGGUCAUCACUACGACUAUUGGAGUAUGUUGAUGGAGAAUUUUCUCCGAUCCAAAGAGUAUUGGACAGUUGUUGAAGCUAGCGUUCUAGAACCAGCGACAAGUGCAAAUGAUGCACAGAGGGCAGAAAUUGAGAAGGAAAAGUUGAAAGAUCUCAAGGCUAAGAACUAUUUGUUCCAAGCCAUAGAUCGGGCUAUCUUGGAAACAAUUCUUAACAAGUCUACUUCCAAGACUAUUUGGGAUUCCAUGAAGAAGAAGUACCGGGGGAAUGAAAGAGACGAUGGCUAUUGCAAACAAGAUGAUGGUGAAAAUCUAGACGAUGUUGCCAUAGUUGAGAAAAUCCUUCGGUUUAUGACAACAAAAUUCAAUUAUGUUGUUUAUUCAAUUGAGGGGUCAAAUGAUAUUGAGACACUUUCCCUUGAUGAGUUGCAGAACUUGUUGUUAGUUCAUGAGUGGAAGAUAAAUUGCCAAGACAAACUGGAGGGAAGUUCAGCCACUGAAUAUCAGAAGAGGUGGCAGAAUAGAAAUUGUCAAGCUGUAGAUAACAGAUCCAAAUCUGCAGGAAAGGCAAGUGUUGACUGUUUCAGAUGUCAUAAGUAUAGCCAUUAUCGUUCUGAAUGCCAUGCUAAUUUGAAUAGAGGAGAAAAUUCUAACUUUGUAGAACACAAUGUGAGGAAUGAUGAUGCCUCUCUAUUCAUGGUCUGUCAUCCUAAAGAAGUCAACAAGAAGAAUGUAUGGUAUCUGGAUACUGGCUGCAAUAACCACAUGUGUGGAGACAAAUCUGCUUUUUCAGAUCUGGAUGAGUCUUUUCAAGACAAGGUAAAAUUUGGUGAUAAUUCCACUAUUGUAGUCAAGGGAAAAGGAAAGUCGAAUCUGUUUAGUCUAGGACAGCUUCAGGAGAAAGGAUAUGAAAUCAUGAUUAAAGAUGGAGUUUGCCAAGUUCGUGAUUCAAAGCUUGGCUUGAUUGCAAAGGUCAAGAUGACGGAAAAUAGGUUGUUUCCAUUAUACUUGCAGACCACAAAUCUAUCAUGUUUAUUUGCCAGAUUAAAGGACAUAGCAUGGUUAUGGCAUUGCCAAUAUGGCCAUAUUUAUUUUGGUGGGUUGAAGGCCUUGCAGCAAAAGGAGAUGGUAAAUGGUCUUCCUCAUUUUGAUUCUCUUUCAAAAAUUUGUGAAAUCUGCAUGGUCAGUAAGCAGCACCGUAACAGCUUUCCUAAAGACAGAUCUUGGAGAGCAAAGUGGGUGCUAGAUUUGGUUCAUUCUGAUCUAUGUGGACCCAUAAAUCCAACAUCCAAUGGAGGUAAACAAUACUUUAUUACCUUUGUUGAUGAUUACAAUCGCAAAACAUUGGUGUAUUUUUUGCAGACCAAGUCAGAAGCCUUAGCAGUCUUUAAAAAAUUCAAAGUCUUGGUUGAAAAUGAGGCUGGCAAAUCUGUAAAGGUUCUACGUACAGAUCAUGGUGGUGAAUUUAACUCAAAGGAAUUUGCAGAUUUUUGUGAGACCAAUGGUAUUAAAAGACAACUUACAGCAGCUUAUACACCCCAAAGUCCCACAUCUCCACUUCCAAAUAUGACGCUAGAAGAGGCUUGGAGUGGACGCAAACCUACUGUUGACUACUUUAGAAUUUUUGGGUGCAUAGCAUAUGCACAUGUGCCAAAUCAGAAAAGGAGUAAGCUUGAUGACAAAGAGGAAAAGUGUAUUUUCCUUGGUGUGAGUGAUCAAUCCAAAGCUUACAGAUUAUACAAUCCUAUAACCAAGAAGAACUCAAAAGGUCAGACACAGCAGACUGGAGGUUUAACUUCAGCAGAUCUUGAAGUUUCGAGACAGACAACUGAAGAAAGUCUAAAUUGUGAUCUAUUGACAUAUGAAGAAGCUAUUAAAGAAGAAAAGCGGCAAAAAGCCAUGGCAGAAGAAAUUGAUUCUAUUGAAAGGAACCAGACUUGGGAGUUGACAGAUCUUCUAGAAGGGCACAAGACAAUUGGUGUUAAGUGGAUUUACAAGACAAAGCUCAAAGAGAAUGGGGAGGUUACUUAGUGUUUGCAGCAUGCAGAAUUCAGUUUGAGGGAGGGUCUGCAGAUUCCAUAUUGCAGACACAGUGUUUUCAUAUUUCUCUAAACUAAAGUCUGACGACUUUU